GACUAAAUAAAACCCAACACACUGCUCUCUCCCCAAAAUCUCCCCUAAUCCCCACCAUUGCUCGGCUCCGAUCUCCACAUCGAGCUCGAAGAGGAGGAGGGGGAGGGCGAGGGGGACCGCCUCUGCGAUUCGCGGCGCCGAUCCCUUUCGCGCGAUCCAAUUUGAGUGGGUUUUGGCAUGGGUUUGGGGCGGCGGAGGAGGGCGUGAGGAGGGGAGGAGGUGGGGAGAGGAGGGAGAUGAGGAGAGGCGGGGAGGAGCCCGUGGUGGCGUGAAUGGAAGCGGGGGUGAGGGUUUUGGGGCGCAUUCAUGGAGGCGAAGCCCUCGCUCGCGUGCGGGGUCGGGUUCGGGGCCGCAUUGGCGAGCUGGGUUCGGCGUUCGCUGGUGGUGAUCGAGAUUGCAUUGCUUCUAGUAUGGAUCGUAGGAACUUGUGUGGAAUCCGAAGAGUAUAAGCCAUUGCAUUCGCAGAGCCCUGAAAUAGUAGGAGACAAGGAAGCUUAUCUCACUCACUCCUGCAUUCAUGAUGAAAUACUCCAUCAAAGGCGGCGGCCUGGUCGUAAGGAAUACUCCGUAACUCCUCAAGUGUACGAGGAGUCGUAUUUAUCCCAAAUUAGAAAAGGAAGAUCUUUACUUGAAGCAUCAUCAUCGCAAUCUGAUGCAAAACAGCCCAUUAGAAUAUAUCUUAACUACGACGCUGUUGGCCACUCUCAUGAUCGAGACUGCCAAAAUGUUGGAGAUAUCGUCAAGCUUGGUGAGCCUUCGGCAAAUUCAUUAGCUGGAACCCCUGUUUGUAAUCCCCAUGGUGAUCCACCAGUUUUUGGAGAUUGCUGGUAUAAUUGUACCCUAGAAGACAUAUCGGGAGCUGAUAAAAAGCAACGGCUCCGCAAGGCACUGGGGCAAACAGCAGAAUGGUUCAAAAGAGCAUUAGCUGUCGAACCUGUCAAGGGGAACUUGCGGCUAAGUGGGUAUUCUGCAUGUGGACAAGAUGGAGGGGUUCAACUUCCCCAUGAAUAUGUUGAAGAUGGUGUUGCUGGUGCGGAUCUAGUUCUUUUUGUAACCACUAGGCCAACCACUGGAAACACUCUUGCAUGGGCAGUGGCAUGCGAACGCGAUCAAUGGGGCCGUGCAAUUGCAGGGCACGUGAAUGUUGCCCCUCGCCAUUUGACAGCAGAAGCUGAAACAUUACUUUCAGCUACAUUGAUACAUGAGGUCAUGCAUGUUCUGGGCUUUGAUCCUCAUGCUUUUGCACAUUUUCGUGAUGAAAGGAAAAGAAGGCGUAGCCAGGUCACUGUACAAGCUAUGGAUGAAAAGCUUGGUCGAAUGAUAACCCGUGUUGUCCUUCCCCGUGUUGUCAUGUACUCAAGACAUCACUAUGGAGCUUUUUCUGAAAAUUUCACUGGGCUGGAGUUAGAAGAUGGAGGCGGCAGGGGAACUUCAGGUUCACACUGGGAGAAAAGGCUUUUAAUGAAUGAGAUCAUGACUGGGUCAGUGGACCCAAGAUCAGUUGUAUCCAAAAUGACCUUGGCUUUAUUAGAGGAUAGUGGAUGGUACCAGGCUAACUACAGCAUGGCUGAUCGCCUAGAUUGGGGUCGGAAUCAGGGAACGGAGUUUGUUACGUCUCCAUGUAGUCUUUGGAAGGGAGCAUACCAUUGUAACACGACUCAGUUUUCUGGGUGUACAUAUAACAGGGAGGCUGAAGGGUACUGCCCCAUAGUAAGCUAUAGUGGAGACUUGCCCAAAUGGGCUCAGUAUUUUCCUCAGCCAAAUAAAGGCGGACAAUCCUCGUUGGCUGACUAUUGCACGUAUUUUGUUGCUUAUUCUGAUGGUUCGUGCACUGAUGUGAAUAGUGCAAGAGCGCCAGACAGAAUGCUGGGCGAACUACGAGGAAGCAACUCAAGGUGUAUGACUUCAUCCUUGGUACGGACUGGAUUUGUUAGAGGAUCUUUGACUCAGGGAAAUGGCUGCUACCAACAUCGGUGCACGAACAACUCUUUGGAGGUUGCUGUGGAUGGAAUCUGGAAAACAUGCCCUGAUGCAGGUGGUCCCAUUCAAUUUCCAGGAUUCAAUGGUGAGCUGAUUUGCCCAGCCUAUCAUGAGUUAUGUAGCACUGCCGUUGUGGCCGUGAAUGGCCGGUGCCCUAGCUCUUGUAGCUUUAACGGUGAUUGCAUUGAUGCAAAAUGUCACUGCUUUCCUGGGUUCCAUGGCCGUGACUGUGGCCAGAGAUCCUGCCCAGAUAACUGCAAUGGACAUGGCACCUGCCAAGCUAAUGGGAUCUGUGAGUGUACAAGUGGCUGGACCGGAAUCGACUGCUCUACAGCUAUUUGCGACGAGCAGUGUAGCUUGCAUGGUGGGGUCUGCGACAACGGCGUGUGCGAGUUCCGUUGCUCAGACUAUGCUGGCUACACCUGCCAAAACAGCUCAUCCCUCCUCCCGAGCUUCUCAAUUUGCGGCGAUGUGUUGGCUAGGGACGGGGAGGGGCAGCACUGCGUCCCAAGUGAGCCAAGCAUCCUGCAGCAGCUUGAGGCUGCAGUCGUAGUGCCUAAUUACAAUCGCCUGAUGCCGGCCGGACGCAGCUUCCUUAACAUCCUUGAUAACGGCUACUGUGCGGCAGCCGCGAAGCGGCUGGCGUGCUGGAUUUCGAUUCAGAGAUGCGAUAAAGAUGGAGACAACCGGCUCCGCGUGUGCCACUCCGCGUGCCGGUCGUACAACGCGGCGUGCAGGGCAUCCCUCGAUUGCUCGGACCUCACUCUUUUCAGCAGCGAGGAGGAAGGGGAAGAGCAGUGCACGGGCUACGACGAGAUCAAGCCGUGGUGGUUGCGAAGAUUCAGUAACUUCUACUUGCAAUAGCUCUUGUAGUGUGUUUCUGCUGGAAAAAAAAAAAAAAAAAGUUAUGUAAAUUAUGAUCGUUAUGGACACUUUCUUUCUCUCUCAUUUUUCUAGGGUUUAAAAUGUAGGAUAUAGCCGCGCAUUUAUUCUGCGUGCCGAAAGUUAGGGUGUGCUUUCGCCUGGGCAUCUAAAGAGAGAUGUCUGGGGAGUAUGUAAUGUUAAUUUUUGUUCUUUUUUUUGUUCUCUUUUUUUUGUUCUUUUUUUUUUCCUAGUUUCCAGCCCAACCAAAAGAAGGAAAAAGGGGGCUUAGUUUCAUAACAGGUUGAGAAACAAUUUGGGGUUUGACAAAAACAGUGCGGAAUGAGUUAUUGUUGUUCUUAUGUUGUGCUUUGAAAAGAGAAGGAAAAAAAAAUAUAGGUAAAAAAA